AUGUCACCCGCGGAAGAAGAGAAGAGCUUACCUCUUUCGGAGAGAUGGCCCCGAGCCAGCAAAUUCGCUCUGUCCGCCUGUGCAGCGGCUGUGGCAGAACUAGUGACGUUUCCCCUGGAUCUCACGAAAACUCGACUGCAGGUCCAAGGUGAAGCUGCCGUUCAUCGCAAUGGAGCGGCUGCCGCCGGCCAGGCGGUCGCUUACCGCGGGAUGCUACGCACCGCGGCUGGCAUUGUGCAAGAGGAGGGCGUACGAAAGCUCUGGCAAGGAGCCACACCAGCCGUCUACCGCCACAUAGUGUACUCUGGCGUUCGCAUGGUUGUGUAUGAACAUCUCCGUGACUCCGUGCUUGGCAGGUCUGAGGAUGAAAGCUUUCCUUUCUGGAAAGCUGUAGUCGGAGGGAUGUCUGCGGGCGCCAUCGGACAGUUUUUCGCCAGCCCAACUGAUCUGGUGAAGGUGCAGAUGCAGAUGGAAGGAAAAAGGAAGUUGGAAGGAAAGCCGUUACGGUUUCGAGGAGUGCACCACGCGUUCAUGAAGAUCCUGUCUGAAGGAGGAAUACGGGGGCUUUGGGCUGGAUGGGUGCCAAAUGUCCAGAGAGCUGCCCUGGUGAACAUGGGAGAUCUGACCACUUACGACUCGGUGAAACACUUUUUGCUCCUGAACACGCCACUUGUGGACAAUAGUGUGACUCACAGUGUUGCCAGUUGCUGUUCUGGCCUGGUAGCUGCUGUUCUGGGAACUCCUGCUGACGUGGUCAAAACCCGGAUAAUGAACCAGCCGAGAGAUAAGCAGGGAAGAGGUCUGCUGUAUAAGUCUUCCACGGACUGCUUGAUUCAAACUGUACAGGGUGAAGGGUUUAUGUCUCUAUACAAAGGCUUUAUACCAACCUGGAUGCGAAUGGCUCCUUGGUCACUGGUAUUCUGGCUUACAUAUGAACAAAUCAGAAGGAUCUGUGGAGUUAGUUCUUUUUAA